AGAGAGGCGCCCCGACGCAUCGCCAGCAUGUCCCACGAGACCAAGCUGAUCGUCGUGGUGCGCAAUCCCGUCACGCGAGCCAUCUCUGACUACACGCAGACUCUUUCCAAGAAGCCCGACAUCCCCACCUUCGAAGAGUUGGUCUUUAAAAACAGAAGUUUGGGUAUCGUCGACACCUCCUGGAAUGCCAUUCGCAUCGGGAUGUACAUCCUGCACCUGGAGAACUGGUUGCAGUACUUCCGCCUGUCACAGGUGCACUUUGUGAGCGGCGAGCGACUCAUCACGGACCCGGCGGGGGAAAUGGGCCGCGUUCAAGACUUUUUGGGACUGAAGAGAAUAAUAACGGACAAGCACUUCUAUUUCAAUCGCACAAAGGGCUUCCCUUGUCUGAAGAAGCCGGAGAGCAGCAGCCAGCCGCGCUGCCUCGGAAAAUCCAAGGGAAGGACUCAUGUGCAGAUCGACCGUGAGGUCAUAGAGCAGCUGCGGGAGUUUUAUAGGCCGUUUAAUAUCAAAUUCUAUGAAACUGUCGGACAGGACUUCAAAUGGGACUGACUGACUGACUACCUCUAGAGAUGUAUUCAGUGAAAAAUGGUCUAGGGUAUCUUCAGCGGAAUGUCAUCUUAGUCCUAUUGAACUCUUGACAUCGUGACUCAGUUGUCCCCGGAUUAGACAAACCCUAUAUUUACACGGAAAUACACGGAAC